AUGGGACGCCACGACGAGAUAAUUGAAGGCGGCCCAGGGAAGAGCGCCGCUGUGGCGAGGAACCGCGAGGGAAGAAGCGACGGCUCCUUGUUGAGCAUGGCGAGUUCGGAACAUGACGAGGUGAGUGCUGUUGCUGUUAUUGAUCCGCCCCCGGAUGGCGAUUCUGGGCUCGGCCAGACGUCGCGGCAUUCUUCAAAGCUUUCAUUGACAGAGAGGAAAAGUCAAGACGGAGCGGAAUGGGAUCCGUUGGGCGAGCCGCCGUUGGGAGCGGCGCCGUUGAGUCAUUCGGCGGCGCGUCACAAGAUCGCCGUCCGUCCGCGACGGACGACGGGUCCGACAAGGCAUCGACGCCUGCAGCAGCUGUCGUCGGCGUCCGUCUUACCAUCGACGCCGGAAAUGAACGAGGAUGUUGUCGGGUCUUCGUCGGGCUACGUCAUGACCAAGUCGCACUCUGAGACCCUGCAGGUGUUUUCGAAUAGUACUUCCAGGACUGUGUCGUCGUCGGUGGUGGUGGAAACGUCUUCCGCGACUGCCGCCACUUCGCCGACGCCGCCACCGCAGCACUCGCGUCAGCAAGAGAAGAUUUUGGGCAUGAGGUCGUCAGUGCGACCAAGUUCACCAUCUCCGACCCCUUCGCCUUCGACCAAGCUUUCCAGAAGCAAAUCAACUGGAGCUGAUCGUAAAAUGCGUCACGAAGUGGAGCGAUUUUAUGAAAACAAACGGCCGGAAGUCGACGCCAAAUCGACUCCUCUCAGACACGUUUCGCCGCCGAAAAGGACGCCUGUCUUUGAAGACGACCCCCCGGGUGCUGAAGAAACCCCGGUUAGUUCGUCGUCGAUCGUCGCAGCGGCUUUUGGACGCGAGAGUCGACGCAGGGAUUUGCGAAGAAUCAAGAAGGAGAAAGAAGACAAGAAAAACAGCAGCUUUGGCAGGCAAAAUCAUAGUAAAUCCCCAUCCGACGAUGCAGUCAACGGCGGCAGCGAAUCCCAUUCUUUCUUCGGACGACUUUUACCUUCCAAUUUUAGACGCAGUUUCAAGAAAAAGAAGGAUGAUGGCAAGCACGGAGAUGAGAAUGUGGGAACGGACGAUGACGAAGGCGGCUUUGUUCCGAAUGCGUUGUCGAAACCACGGAGCGAGUCCCAGCCGCCGCGGCGGUUUUCGUCCACGUCCGUGUCGCCGCAACGCCGGAUGGACCCCAAGGGCGGCUACGCGCAAGACACGGACACCAAGUUUGUGCGACCCGAGGCGUACGCACUGCUUCCGCCAUCUGCUGAAACCGGCGCCGCCAACAAAACCCACACCGUCAGAAUGCCUCGCAGUUUCACUCGUUCCGAAUCCGACAGUACAAAGCCCGCCGCUGACUAUUCUAACAAGGACGUACAGCAGAAACCAUCGCCUGACACAAGCAACAAGGGCGAAGACAGUGUUGUGAUCCAACCUGACGUGAUCCACAAGACCCCGACUGCUGACCCGAAGCCCCAUUUCAUGGUGGGCAGUGCGCGACGUCGGACGUCGACUCAAGAAGAACAGGUCAAUGACGAGUUGGAAACGAAGUGGCAGUUGCGGAAAAGCCACCACAGUAUUGAGAAGCUUAUGGAACAGACUUCGCCUCCGGUUGCCGUAAUGCGACCGAAGACAAAAGAUGCUCCUUCUUCGUCGCCCAAGUCAAAUAGUGGAGAAGAGUCUACGGAGAAUCGACGUCAGAGUUUAUUUGUGCAUUUACGCCGCACUGGUUUUUUUGACGUGACCCAGAAUGGGGUCAAUAACGGUGACAGUGGACCGAUGUCCUUGGAUAGCGUCUUGACUUCGAGGACUGACGAUGAAACAGCGACAGCGGAGGAUAGCUGCAGCAGCGGGAGUGGCACUAGUUUUACUUCUAACGGCCCGGUGUCGCUGCUUGUUAUGCCUGCCACUAGACCAGUGCCAGCCAAGCGUGCCAGUAUCAUGCCACGCGGGAGGAACGAAGACGAUGACGACAGUGCGGAAGACUUACGUGCUGUGAAGGAGCCGGAAAUCAAACCGAAGGUUUGGGAAUGCAAGGUGCGAGCGUUCGAACGUCAUCAACUGAAGCACUCGAGUUCCUCUUCAUCCUCUACCUCGUCUUCGUCCACGGUGUCGACAACGUCUUCUUCCCCUUCGCUUUUGACGAAAGGACCUCCGCCUGCUCCGAUUCUCGGAGUCAUGGAGACCGACCUGGAUGACGAUGCCAUGGAGACGGAUCCGAUCGUCGCAAGUUUCAUCGGCCCGCGACCCACGUUCAACCCCAACUCCGGCACAGCCAUAACAACACGCCCAAAGCUCGUCGCGAUGUCGACUGCCGAUGAUCAGGCGGCUUCAACAACGUCAUCACCAGGCUCUAGAACUGUGAUCAAAAUUGGUGAAUCCCGGAAGAAUCCCGCGUCAAAGAUCCCGGUGUUGAGUAGUGCCGCGCCGACAGCACCGGCAUCAACACUGGCACCCACGACUAUUUCUCCGCCGACGUCGUCGAGUCUCGUGGCUGCAGUGUCAAAGCCGACAACGUUGAAUAUUGACGGCAGCAUUGUGGAGAUGCGGACGAAGCCGCCAGUGCCCGAGGCGCCGUUUAAUCGCGCGAGUUGGCGUCCAGCUUCCACCAGUGCUGCUGGUACGCCAGCAACGUCGCCUGCCACGUUGGCACCACCUGACUCGCAGCAGACGCAGGCCAAUGAAUUGCUGAAAGUGUUCCAGAGACGGUCCUUGAAAGCCAAAGACGCAGAGAACCUCCAGGCUCAGGUCAUAGAGCUUCUGGACAAGGACAAAGUGAAAGAGAAAACUCUUGAGCCCGUGAAGCAGACCCCCGAAAUCUUGGAAAUCAUGAAUUCCUCUCCAGAGAAGCCGAAAGCGUUUCCCUUCAAGCCAGAGACGGCGUUGACGAAUAACAAUAAUAACAACACCAACAACAAUAACAAUGUUUUGAACAACCGAAACUCCUCCGGUGCCGCUCAGAACAAUUUGAUCAACAACUUUGUGAACAAUAACACGAAGAUGAACAUGAUGUCAGUUGGACAAAAUGGUAGUAGCCAGAAUGACAGCAGCAUUCCAGAAUGGAAGCGAAUCGCCCAGCUUCGGAAGGAACAACGAGAACAAAAGGAGCAACUUACGAAGGACCUGGAUGCUGAGAGUGCUGGGAAGAAUGCUGCUGCCCGAUCAUCCAAAGUCUUGGACCUUGUAAACAAUUUCCAGAAACGUGUCGCUGACCCGCCGACGACAUCCAACUUGUGAUCCCUUUGCAGAUGGCGAGCAAGAUGCCAUCGCUGGUUUAACUGGUGCAUUUGCUUAUGGAUGAAGUGUGAAAAAUGGUCGCCGCCGCCGUUCUUUUGCCGACAGCUUUACGUUGCUUUCAUUUUCAACUCUUCCCUGGACUGGGGAACAGGAGAUGGAACGCUUUUAUUUUCCAGGAAUCGUAUCGUAUUUUCGUUGGCAUAGGCGGAAAUGCGACUCGACCGUGAUUCCCGUAUAUUCUCCGCUACAAAGUGCUUUCGUUGAUCGAGAAGCUCUUUUUAUUUUUUUUUUCGGCUGACGAAGGGCGACUUCAGAGAUGCGAGUGGCGAAAGCUACUUUUUCUCCGUUAUUUUUCCACAUGUUUGUUCGCGCUCUGUGAUAAUACGAUUUGUUUUUUCGACACUGAAUGGUCCGAUCGGGUUCGUGAGGAAAUUCGCCGCCGUUAGAGGGCGAACGUUGUGAAAAGGAUUGAGUGAGUGAUGGUAUCCGUUUGGUGUGAACGUUACGGUCAAUGCGGUGAUCUGGGUUGACUCUUCGUCGAGCGAACUAGAAAAAGAUGAACAAGUUUCUUGCAUAGCAACUUUCCGCUUGGUUGACCGGCUCUCUUGCCGGAAAUCAUUAACCGAAUCCUGAGGUUUUAAGCGGAUUGAUGAGCUGAUAAAAUUCGGGGAUAGUGGUCGUACCAGAACGUCACUGGGAAGUGGAGAGAGUGCAUUGUACUUGUAGGAUAAAUGUUACUGUUUUGACCUUUGGAAUUACGAUUUCUUUUAUCAAUAGGUGUCACUCAUGAAUCAUCAAUCCAUCGUUCUUGAUAAAAUUUCGCUGUGUUUGGAUUUAUCCUCCGUGCACUAGACUAAAUGAAUCAUUUGCUCAAAAUUGUCAUGGAUAUCAAGGACGAAUUUUUCCCGACUCAAGCGACCCUUAACUGACCAUUUUUUUUUAAUUCUUAUAAAUAUUCCUUAUUUAAUGUGCAGUCUUUAAAAAUUUUGAAACACACUGAAAGCUCUGACCGCGUUAUUGCGCACCGUGCCCUCUUUCCCCUAGGAAACGAAAGAAUUAUCAAUUUUUAAAAUUUAUAAAUCCUGAUUCUGGUGCUAAGAAAAUUGAUCAAAGCUAUCAAUCAAUAAUGUGUUUUCUUUGAUCCACAAAUUUACACUCGUCAUCUCUUACUCUGAUCAAUUCAUCAUUGACUCCAUUCGCUCGUAUCUACUGGUUGUUUUCGUUGACCAUAUAAUUGAAUGAAAAUGUUUUCGCUGCGAGACUGUAAAUUCAGACGAUGAACAAGUUGUCCAAGUUAGUUGAGUUGACUGUGAGUUGCUACAUGUGGGGAUGAGAAGAAAAGCGAAAGAGAGUCCAUUGAUGCUCUCUUCCCGAUUUUGCUUUCGUGAAUGUGAAGGGAGCCAGGAAUUCACAUGGAGGUUAAUUUUUUUUUGGUUUUUUUAUGCAAGGAUUGAAAAGAGAAAUUAAAAAGUUUUUGUUCGCGAUUCGAUGGAAAUUAAAAAGUCGAAUCAAGGAUCGUGUAUCGUUGUAACUCGUAAUCGCGUUGUUGCUGUGCGAGGCGAUGACGUAACUCUCACUGAUGCAAUUUGUGUUUCCAUGGCGAAUUCAUUACCCUUGGAUGACGUUUCCGUUUCUGACGAAAACUUACGCGCUUAUCUCUCACUUCCCUAUGUUUUUUUCCCGGGAUGAAUUUGCGAUUCGAAUUUUCUUCGAAGUGGGUUCUGUACCAAGUCGAUCUGGACUGAUUUCUAUGCGAAAACUCUUCUCUUUUGUGCUCCGCUGCUUUCGGAUGAAGCUAUGCUUGGAGGAAAUAUAUGUUCGCUUCCGCUUGAA